ACAAGGUGUAGCAAGAUGGCGACCUGGAUACCGGAAGGCGGAAAUAGCAUUUUUUUCCUCUCAUUUAUUUCCUGUAACGAUGGCGACUAGAGCGUCUUGGCUUUUGCUUCUGCUUUUCGUCUCUCUGAGCUUGGCUGCGGCGGAGUCGGAUCCCGAUCCCGCAGAUCCUAAGAAUGAAGAUGAAAAGGAACCGCCUGCAGGUAACAAUGUCAAGGAUAAUGCUCAACCGGAGAAAAAGGAGGAGAAAGUGGAUGCUGCAGUGAAGCCUGGAAGCUCAGAUGAGGGUCCUAAUAAACCCUUAGUCAAAAGUGGCAAUUCAGACCCUCUCAAAACUAGUAACACAAAGCAAUCCCCUGAGACAGAUGUGAAAACUGACAAGGAUAAAACAAGUAAAGACAAGCAAGAAGUCAUAGUAGAUAAUGUGCCAGAGAGUGGUACAAAUGAUGAUCCAGCAUUAAAAGAGCAGCUUGAUGCUAAAAUCACUAAAGAUAAUGGCAAAGCGCAGAGUGAGGCUAAUCUGAAAGAUACAGCCGCUGCACAGAAAAAAUUGGACAACAAAGACGCUAAUAAUCCACAGGGAUCACAUGAUCCUGUGAUCAAGGAAUCCAAUAAAACCCCUACUCCCAAGGAUUCUGGAACUAAAGGUGAUUCACAGUCUAAAAAUGCUAUGUCCAAGGAUUCAAAGGAUUCUGUGCCUACCCCAAAGGAUUCAAAGAGUGAGCCUAAACAAAUUAAGGGUGAUGAGCCUGAACAGAAUGAGCCCCUGGCCAGUGAAGAAAAGAACACAGAUACAUCAGAACACGACAAAGCUGCUAAAACACCUGAAGCAACUAAAUCUGAUAAACCUCCAAAGGUUCCAGAAGAAUCACAGGACGCAGAUACCGAUAAAAGCCCUAAAAAUGCGGAGGAACCAAUCAGUUCUAAAGAAUUUCCCAAUGCCGCCAACGAUGAGGAGAACUCUGAUGAUGAGCUAAAUGUGAAGGACAAUGCUGACCAGGAGAAUCUAGACAUUGGAGGUGGUGAUGAUGACGAUGAUGGUGAUGUUGUUCAUGUAAAAACAGGAAAAGAUAUGCAGGAAGAUGUGGAAGAGAAAUCUCAAGCCGAACCUUUGCCACAGGAUAAAUCAGAAAGCAGCCAUUUCUUUGCUUACCUAGUGACUUCUGCUAUCCUUGUGGCUGUACUUUAUGUUGCUUAUCACAACAAGCGAAAGAUCAUUGCCUUUGCAUUGGAAGGAAGACGUGCCAAGGGUGGAAGAAGGCCAAAUUCAGGGGAUUACCAGCGGCUGGAACACAAGAUCUGAACUCCUGUUUCCCUGCCAUACAGACCUCAAAUGCCACUUUGCUAAGGCACUGAGAGACCUGCCCAGUGAUGACACGGUUCCUUGUAUUUGCACUGUGGAGAUGAAAGGAUCUCUAAUUUCUCUCUCCUUCCACGACCACUCCAAUCUCUAUCUGAUAUCCCAUUCUUUUGCCAGCCAAUAUGCCAUAGCGUACAGACGAAUGCAUUGCCCUCCUGCUCCACAACUUGGAGUCACAUUAGCCGCACCAUCUGUAUACGUAGAGUAGACCGCAAAGCACUAUCUGUGUCCGCUUAGUUGUUAAACUUUCACUUUUAAUGCAGUGCAAAACUUUUCCUGUAAUACUUUAGACUGUGAUUACAUAGGAGCUUCUUUAAAGCAAAAGCUACACUUGACCCUUAUGUGCAUGCCAGAUAUGGGACUCCUCUAAAGCAUCAAAAAAGACCUCUAAUGUUUCCCACUCACCACCUCUUCUGUCAAGUAAUCUUCUUUGCCCUGAAUGAGAUUUAAGUGCUCAUGGGAAAUACGCCAUUGUGCAUGCAGUGUAGGUACGUUUGGGAGAGGGAAUGGUGGUGAGUCUGAAACAUUAGGGGGGGGUCUACAUUCAUUUUCCUAGGGCUGCUGUACAUCAUGUCAGCCGGAGCAGUCGUUUUAUAAACAAAACUAAAACGGUGGGCUGAAUUUAAGUUUUACAAACUCAUACUUGGUUUUAUCUUGUGUGUUUAACAUUAAAAAACGUUGUAGGUUACAGCGAUAUAGUUGUAUUACAUAUACAACUGGGCAGAGGUAUAGGCAUCGGUUAGCACUUUAGGUGUUACUGUAUGUAAUGAGUGACCAGCUUGAUCUGCAGGUUGGCUUCAAGAGGACUGCUGAGUCUGAAAGAGAAAAAGCAUAUAGGGGAUCGUAGUUUUCUGAACACACAGCAGACUAAAUGGAGUUCCAUUAAAGUUUUUCUCCAGUCAGCCGAGUAGUUAAAGGGAUACUGUCAUGGAAAAAAAAAAAAUUCAAAAUGAAUCAGUUAAUAGUGCUGCUCCAGCAGAAUUCUGCACUGAAAACCAUUUCUUAAAAGAGCAAACAGAUUUUUUUA